AUGGACGCCCCGCUGAAGGAGCUUGCGAAACUCGACAAACUUACUGCUGGGACGUCUUCGGCGAAGGGCAAGGCGCCGUCUAUCGACCAGUCGCUUGACGCACUCCUGGAAUCACUGCGCAAUGCGAAGGAGCGGUUCUUGUCGGGAACGGGCUCUCAGGCGACCCUGGAGGCACUGGUGAAGAAGGUGGAGGAGAAGAAGAAGGAAAUUGAUGACAGACAGAAGGAGGUUUAUAAUGCGCUCGCGAAGUUUGGUAAGGCUUUGGACAAGAAAUUCACAAAUCCUCUGCCGUCAUACGACCCCCUGUUUACUUCGCCGGAGGCCAAGGCUGCGCUAGAGCGUACUAUGGCCGUACAUUUUAUGCGCACCGGGCAGUUCGGCAUAGCUGAAACGUUCCUAAGCGAAUCUAAUGUUGAAGUGCCGGGCAUAACACGAUAUGAGCUCAUGCGGCUCAACAUGGUCAUGCAAAGCCUGCGGAGUGGAGACGUCUCUCUCGCCCUGGAAUGGUCAGGCGGGAGCAGAGAAGGCGAGCAACUGAAGCUGCGCGGCUCUCCCCUCAAGUUCCAUCUGCAUCGCUUCGAGUAUCUCAGGCAACUGCUCGCGCCACAACCGGACGUAGCAUCCGCCAUCGCCUACGCUCGCAAGAACUUCCCCCCGUUCUUCGCGCAACAUGCGGUCGAAGUGGGACGGCUGAUGAAUUGCGCGACAUACCUCCCGCUCGACCGUUUCCUCAAGUCUCCGUAUGCGGACCUUGCGAGCCCCUCCAUCCAGCUGGACUUGGAGGCGCUGUUUGCGACGGAGUACUGCGCGGCUAUUGGCAUGGGCAGACAGGCCCCGUUGCGCGUCAUUAGCGACAUCGGGGGAGGAGGUGCACUGGCGCGUAUCGAGAAGGGGCGCAAGGUCAUGCGAGAACGGAAGAGCGAAUGGAGUCAAUCCGACGAGCUGCCUAUCGAGAUACCCUUGCCGCCGGAGAACAGAUACCAUUCCGUCUUCGCCUGCCCGGUGUCCAAAGAGCAGUCGACGGAGGCAAACCCACCGAUGAUGAUGGCGUGCGGGCAUGUAAUCACCAAGGAAAGCUUGCAGAAGCUGAGCAAGCAGGGAGGCGCUGUGCCUGAACUUGUGGGCCUCGGACCGGAGGAGAUCGACUUCAUAGACGAGGUCAUCAGCCGCGCACCCGCCACGGCUUCGACUUUCUUGACGGUGUUCAAAGCUUACAACGACGUCCUGCAGGAGCGCGGGCUUGAUCCUCAGAACGAGGUCGUCUACUACGGAAAGCUCCUGAAGAUCGGGACGCUGAAGGGGAUGAGCUGGGCAGACAAAUGGAACAUGGUGAAGGAGCAGCAGGGUUACACGUCGCAAGCAGCUCAGGGGAGCUCGAAGGCUGGACGGCGAACCCAUGUCCCGCGGACUACCCCUACCCCAGUGAAAGCCGCCGCGAAACCCAGGUCAAUCGCGCAGGCUCCCUAUACUCCCGCCGACGACACCUAUACGCCUAUGACUUUCCAUGAUGAUACGACACACACCGAAGACGAGAGUCUUCCGCCCCCUCCCUCAAGAAACCGAGCAGAUACCUACCCGCAUAACGACACCCCACGACCCAGGCGCGCCUUCAUGUCUCCAGCUACAAUAGCGUCCAACAACUCCUUAGGCCUAGACACCGGGACUCCCUCACAGGCCCCAGGUUCAAGGACGGCUUUGCAUCAGAAUAUCGCUCGCCAAGCAGUGGUGUCACGACCGAUUACUCGGUGGGAUGCUGAGACCGUAGCAGCGACAGAGACUACAACGCACGCUUCUCCGAGCGUCCCGCCGUCAUACGGCGCGGCUGUCCGCGACGGUGGCUUGUCUUCUAAGGAGAAGGUGUUGUCUCUACUGCAAAAAGCCAGAGAAGUCAGGCAUCCUAUUCCCCCACCUCCUGUGACCCAGCCGACCGCCGUACCAUUGCCGCGGAGUCGCAGAGGAAGCACUAUCGAUGCUGACGAAGCUUGGAAGAAUAUCAGGAUGGCACAGGAUGAGGAGACGGCGGACGAGUACCGGAAGAACCGGCUCGUUGAACGAUGUUGGGACGUCUGGAAACAGGGUGCCCAAUGGAUCAUCACUACCGGCGAGCAAAUCGCAGAGGCUCGCGACCAUCUCAUCGCCCGCCGUGCGCUGCAACACUGGCGCAAGCGCACGGCGGAACGACGCGAAUUGUAUUCGCGCGUCGCUGCCCUAUCUGACCGCCGCUGUCUGAAGCGUGCGCUGAAUGCGUGGAAGCAGAAGUCAAAGGAGAAGAAGCAAGUGCAUUGGCGAGAAGACAUGCGUGCCCGCAUGAAGAUGGUGCGGGAACGCGACGAGCUGCGGCUCAAGAAGGACGCCUGGGCGAAAUGGCGGCAGUCGUACCUUUCGCAUCAGGCGGAGCACCAGUUCUCGCAGAAGCUGGUCAAGCGUUUCUUCAGUCGCUGGAAGAGUCGCGUCGGGAGGCUGGAUCAGCUUGACACGGCGGCGGAACAUUUUGUCUAUGCGAAAGAGGAGCGUGCGAUGGAGCGAUGUUGGGACAUUUGGCGACGAACUGCCGAGCAGCGCAUAGCUGAGAGGUCGUUGCGAGAAAGGGUAGACCUUCGCAUCAUGGCGGGGGCCAUGGACGUUUGGACGAAACACUGCCAGGAGUACCGGGUUGCGGACGAGUUCCGGGACGCAUCGAUUGUCAAGAAUGCCCUCCAGCGGUGGAAGGCAGCUCAACAGCGAAUACGGACUAUGGAAAAUCGCGCAGUCAAACACGUCGCCAGACAAGAUGAAGUGCUUGUUCGAGCGGUCAUGCGCGUAUGGAAAGCUCAUGAGCGCGGACAUCUCCUUACGCGUGUCCGUAACGUUCGCCUGCUCCGACAAGCGUGGACCAUCUUGAAGCACCGAAUGGAGGAACAGAGGGAGCGAGAAGAACUGGCACAGCUCUUUGCAGCUCGUUCCGCAUCGAUUCUCGGCUCUGCAGCGCUCAAGAAGUGGCGGGCCGCAUACACCUCUCACCAGAAUGCCCUCACAUUUGCAGUCCACUAUCAUCGAGCGCAGGUGCAGUACAAGAUGCUCCUCAUCUGGCGCCUUCGGCUACGCGCGAAGCUGCGUAGGGCCAAACAGGCUAAGGCCGCUCAGAAGCACCUGCUUUUGCGCCGAUACCUCCAUAUAUGGACGGCCAAGGUCGCGGAGAAGCAGCGUGAGCGCAAACUUGAAGAGUUCCAGCGGCGGGUCGUGAAACGGUCCUUCUACACAUGGCUUGAGCGGGCCAAACACCAGCGGGAAGUCAAUCUCGCCGAACAAAUCAUACGGCAGCGUAUCGCCCUGCGCGUCAUGAACGAGACGUUGAUACACUGGACCAACCGUGUGGCCGACGUGAAGUUUAAGGAGCUCGACACAAUCCAGAAAUACGAGAAGCAGCUCGUUUCACGGGCUUUCACGAAGUGGAAGGCUGUUUGCAAACGGCAUGUGGACGAGCUGAGUCUCAUGGAGAGCUACCAGGACAUCAAGCGGGAAGAAUCCAUGCGCAAGAUGUUCUAUCGGUGGCUCACAGCUGCGCGAAAAGUGCGCCACAGGCGCCAGGACCUGCAGGCACGAGAAGACGAGUUCAAGCUCACCGUGGUCGCCGGGGCCUGGGACAAGUGGCGGGAGCGCUUCCAGGACAUCCGUCUGCAGCCCAUGGCGGUCGCGUUCGACAAGCAGCGCCAGCGCGACCUCCUGUUCCGCGCAUUCGCCAUAUGGCACUCCAAGUCCCGAGCACAGUCGCUGCCUGCGGUCCGCUUUCACGCGUCGAAUCUUAAAGCCAAGUACUGGAAGAAGUGGAGAGACGCGAUGCCGAGAGCUCUACAGGCGAAGGCUGCCCGCGAUAGGGACCGCCGCAUCACGCUCACGCGCGUGCUCGCGCACUGGCACAAGGCGUACAAGACGAAGGUUGAGCUAAAGGCUAUAGCACGCGCCCGUUACCUCAACCUCACCCCCGCGGUCGUUCCCCGCGCACCCCACCACCAGCCGCUCCGUCCGGCGGCGCUAGCUGCACCCUUGCGACCGCGAGUCACUCCUCGCCGCACACGUCCCCCCUCCCCGUCCGAGGACGAAGCGGACGUACGACACCCCGCAGCGCCCGCGCCUGCGCCUGCUCCUCUGUUCGCGAAGCCCACCGCGAGCCGCCGGGGCCUCGCGAGCCUUCUCGAACGGCCCCCGCGCCCGCGCUCGGGCUCCCCGGAGCGCGCCGCACGCUCGCCCGAGCGGCCGAAGCUCUCGUCGCGCCGCACCGCAGCCUCGCGCGUGCCCAGCCCCGGCCGCGAGGACCCCGAGCCUGCCCCAGCGCCCCCGCCAUCGAGUUCAUCGGCGUUUGGGGGCAUCGCGGCAUGGCGAAGGGACGUGCGCCCGCCGAAGAGCGCGCCCCCGAGCGUGGUUGGGGAGGGUGGUGCGCCGAGGAGCAGUUUGUGGGACGAGUUGAAGGAGGUAAGGCGGAAGGCGCGCACGCCUGCGCGGACGGAGCGCGCGUAUUCGCCCCCGCCGCGUUGA